AUGGAGCAGAGAUUAGCUAAUUGUUGGCGGUUGACAGUUAAUGAAAAGAAAUUCAUCGAAAGUGCUCUACUAUCACAGCUUCGAGUGGAUGGUCGUGGCCCCUUGGAUUAUCGCAAGUUAAACAUUAAAUUUGGAAGGGAUAAUGGAUCCGCGGAGGUCCAAUUGGGUGAGACACGUGUGAUGGGUUUUGUGAGUGGUCAACUUGUGCAGCCUUACAGAGAUAGGCCUAAUGAAGGCACACUUUCCAUCUUCACUGAAUUCUCUCCCAUGGCUGAUCCUUCCUUUGAGCCUGGCCGUCCUGGAGAAUCUGCUGUUGAGUUAGGACGCAUUAUAGACCGUGGUUUACGAGAAAGCAGAGCCAUUGACACUGAAUCGCUCUGCAUUCUUUCUGCCAAACUUGUCUGGGCCAUUCGCAUUGAUAUCCAUAUAUUGGACAAUGCAGGGAAUCUUGUUGAUGCUGCAAAUAUUGCUGCAUUGGCUUCUUUGAUGACAUUCAGAAGGCCUGAAUGCUCGUUGGGGGGAGAGGAUGGUCAACAAGUUGUGGUGCAUCCUCCCGAGGUGCGCGAGCCACUCCCUUUGAUUAUACACCAUCUUCCAAUUGCUGUCACCUUUGGAUUUUUCAGUAAUGAAAAUCUUGUGGUCUUGGAUCCGACAUACCGUGAAGAGGCUGUAAUGACUGGACGUAUGACUACAUCACUUAAUGCAAAUGGUGAUGUUUGUGCCAUUCAAAAACCUGGGGGGCAGGGAGUCUCUCAACGGGUUAUCAUGCAUUGCUUGAAACUUGCUCAUGUUAAAGCUGGUGAUAUUACAGCCAAGAUAAAGGAUGCAGUUGAAAAGCAUAACACUGAAAGAGCACUGCAGAAGAUUAAACGCCAUUCCUCCUCCGUAGCCAUGGAUGUAUGUGGAACCACUACCAGAUUAUCUCCCAAACAAAAUCAAUCAGAUGCUGAUAAAGAUGGUAAUCAUCUAGCCCAAUUGAAGCUAAAAGAUGAGGCGAAUUUUAUGGAAUGUGAUGCUACGCCAUCAGAACAAGUACAGAAUAACAAGGAUGGAAGCUCAAAGAAUUUCAUUGGCGGUCCCUCAAGUUGGGAUCCUUACUCAGAGUGUGUCAAUUCAGAUCUUCUAAAAUCUUCUCUAGCUUCUCGUGCAGGACAAUCAACCCCUAGUAAACAAAAGGAUUUAAGACGGGAGACUAAGGCGGAAGAACCAGCGCAGGAAAUCAAAGCAGAUUCUGAACCAAUUGAUACAGCUCUAACUGCUGGCCAGAGUAAUGAAGGUAAGACUCUGAAGGACGCUGUCAAGCCCAAGAACAAAAGGAAGAAAAAAGCAUCUUCCAAUAAUAGAAAUUAA